UCUUCUGCAGUUUUGAUCAAGAGAUGGUCUCCUUAUGGUGUCUAAUAGUAACUGAAUUAUACUUAUUCCAUUCAAUUGAAGGACAGGCUAAUGGAGAUGUAAGACUAGUUGAUACUCAUCAAACUAGAGGAGGAGGAGGAGGAGGGAGGCUAGAGAUAUUCAUUAAUAAUGAGUGGGGAACAGUUUGUAAAGAUCAGUUUGGUAUCAGAGAAGGUAAUGUGGUAUGCAAUCAACUUGGAUACAUCAGUGCAGUCAAUGUGGGCAUUGUCAAAAGAUUAGGCUAUGAGUAUGGUAAUGAGUCACAGUCAAUUCAUCUUGAUGAUGUACAGUGCACUCAUGGAAUGAGACACAUACUGUCAUGCAACUAUAUAUCAGGCAGUGGUGACUGUGAUCAUUUUGGAGAUGUUGCUGUGAUAUGCAAUACAACAGGUUACUAUUCAGUAGGUGAGUAUGAUGGAAUGGUUAGACUAAGAGGAGGCUCUAUACAAUCAGAAGGACUAGUUGAGGUCUAUUGCAACGGUGAGUGGGGCACAGUCUGUGAUGAUCAGUUUGGACCUAAUGAAGCUGACACCGUCUGCAGACAACUGGGAUAUACUAGCUCCUUAUAUGGGCGUAUAAACGGACUGAUAGGGAGUGAGUCACAGUCUAUUUGGUUUGAUGAUGUAGUGUGUCCAUUGGAGUCCUCUUGUUUGAAUGACUGCAAGACUUGUCCAACCACUGAGUAUCAUGACUGCACUCACAAGGAAGAUGUUACCAUCCGCUGCACUUAUGAUACUAGUGUACAGUUAUAUGGUGACAACAAGACAUGUAGAAACAUAGGUGUUGGUUCUGGAGGAUUGAGUGGUGGUAUUAUUGCUGGUAUAGUAAUAGCGGUCUCACUGCUGCUGUGCUGUUGCCUAGCAACACUGUUUGUAAUACUACUAACAAUCAGUGUGAUGAGGAGGAGGAGAGAGAGAGAGGAAACGAAAGAAAAUGAAGAACACACCAAAUCACGAGAAGAGACUCCUCUAGAGGAAACAAUCAUAAAAUCAACUGAAGUAUUGACACCUCAUGGAGCGAGGACUCUGCCCACUCAUAAUUAUGAUGUACCAAUAUUCAAAGAGGAGGAGGGGCCAGUAUAUGAAACAAUACCAAAUGAGGGGGGAGGAGCUAAUUAUUACUAUCGUGACACAGUUCUCUAUGAUAAGCAGGAUACACCUGGUGUCAUUUAUAUCCAACCACCAACAGUCACCACUCCUUCUGUCAGUGAGAAACCGUUCCCAGCCAUGCCUCCUCUUAAAAAAGAAUAAUUAAAAACAAAACAACAAUAAUAAUAAUAAUUAUAAAUUUUGUAGUACAGAGACAGUUAAUUGUUA